CACUGACUAGAGCUCAAACUCCGAAAGCAGACACCCACCUUGGCUUUCAGCUAACUCUUCUUUCGUGCCUCCAAAGCGCAGGUGCAUGUAGUUAAUCGCCAUCUUCAGGCGGCAACAUCUUUUCUGCGUGCGUGACAAAGAUGGUGAUCACAGAGUCCGAAAUGCUCUCCCAAGGCGACGUCGAGUCGUCGUUACCGGCCUAUCAACAACCCAAGAACAACCCCUUCUCAUCGCUCGGAAGACAAUCCUCCAUCUACUCCCUCACUCUCGACGAGUUCCAGCACACGCUCUGCGAGAGCGGCAAGAAUUUUGGGUCUAUGAACAUGGACGAGUUCCUUGCCAGCAUUUGGACAGCGGAAGAGAACCAAGCCGUCAACUCCACCGCCACCGCCACAACCACUACCACCACCAACAAUGCCAUCAAUAGUAUGAGCAGCCAUGCCCAGUUGUCUCUGAUCGAUGCGCAUACUGAGAAGGGAAUAUCAAAUCAGCCAAGCUUGCCACGACAAGGUUCGCUCACUCUUCCCGCACCGCUUUGUAGGAAAACAGUGGAAGAAGUUUGGUCUGAAAUCCACAAAGGGCAGCAAGGAACGCAUCAGAAUAAUAACAGCAGCAACGAUAAUGGUGAUAACGUUCAUAAUCCCGAGUCAGCCCCGCGCCAGCCCACUUUCGGAGAGAUGACCUUGGAGGAUUUUCUGGUGAAGGCAGGGGUAGUAAGGGAACCAUUAUGUGCAUUGCCUGUCUCUCAAUCACAGCCGCCGCAGCAGUACGGGGUGUACCAAAAUAACAAUCCCACAGAGGCUCCCAGUUUUGUAAAUAGGCCCAUAGCUGGACUCGGUGUUGCUGCUGGUUGUGUUAGUGCCGGAGGUGGUGCUGGUGGUGUAAGUGCUGGUGCUAGUGUUCCUACUUACCAAACAAUGCCACUGGGCGGCGGGCAUAUUGGAGAAUCGUCAGGGUAUGCUGGAAAUGGCAAGAGGAGUGGUGGGUACCCGCCGCCGCCGCCUCAGCCGCCACCGGUUUAUUAUGGUGGGAGAGUAGUGAAUGGUGGCGACGGAUACGGUGCACCGUCGGCUAUGGUAGUAGGGCCGGUGAGUCCGGUUUCUUCUGAUGGGUUGUGCAAAGCUCCGGUCGAUAACUCGGGGAAUCAAUUUGGAUUGGACAUGGGAGGGUUAAGGGGAAGGAAGAGGAUUGUAGAUGCAGGUCCGGUGGAAAAGGUGGUGGAGAGGAGACAGAGAAGGAUGAUCAAGAAUAGGGAGUCGGCGGCGAGGUCGAGAGCUAGGAAACAGGCAUACACAGUUGAGCUAGAAGCAGAAUUGAACCAGUUAAGAGAAGAGAACGCCAACCUUAAACAGGCUCUGGCAGAUAUGGACCGGAAAAGAAAGCAACAGUACUGUGAAGAAAUGAAAACCAAAGUUCAAACCAAGGCUCAAAAGGAUAAAGAGAGACUGAGGGUGUUGAGGAGGAAUCUAAGUUGCCCAUUCUGUUCCAUUAGAGGUGCUCAGAUAUACUUUCAAGGGACAAUCAAUCUUACGCGGCUUGAAUCUGGCAGUCUUGAUCUUCCCGUAUUUGAUCCUUAUCCGAACGGAAAGCUUUACAUCAAUACUAUAAGCCCCGACACUCUUUUCAAGUUCAAACUUGGAAAGGUCACGACCCCUAAGCGAUACAACGGCUUCAAUCCCGUCGUAGUGUACACCCACCCUUUUGUUGUAGUUCCUGAGGGUUAUGUUGAGCGCCAGCUUAUAGUUGAGCGUGUUGUUGGUAGUGGUGAAAUUGAAUUGCGUGAGCGAUGCCUGGGUGACGCGAAACUUCACCUCUCUUGGAAGGAAGAUAAGCCAGAAGAUGACUCGAUUGUUUGGCAAGAAACGAAGUCCGACUGCCAAGGCCUUGCUGGGAAAGGGUUCCUUGUAUCAAGGAAGAAUGAACUGUCAUCAUAUGCCAACUCAUAUUCCCCGACCUACAUUAGCUAUAAAUAUCUGAGAUUUGAGUUUUGCCAUUACAUCAUGACGUCUUGUUUGCCAACGAGUUUGAUGCCUUCUAAUACUCGAAACCCAACUGGGGUAUUAGCUGUAAUAGGAGGGAGAGCACUAAUGGAGAAUCAAUUUGGGAGAGUUUGCUGUGUGAAAAUGUCCGAGGAGAAGAAUUGGUUUUUGGGUGGUCGUCAAAAGUCGACUUUUCCUCAGUUUAAUUGUUCCGCCAACUCCCAGAGCGUUAGUCCUUAUCACAACAAAGACCCUUUUCUGAAUCUACACCCUGAGGUUUCAUUGCUUAGAGGGGACGGGAAUAAUCCUGUGAACAACCCGAGAAAGGAUGGUUCAGGUGGCACUGUCGAGAGUUUAGGAGUCAUGUCUAGCCAGAAUAAUUACAAUGAAGCUAAGAUCAAAGUUAUUGGAAUUGGAGGUGGUGGAUCAAAUGCAGUUAACCGCAUGAUAGAGAGUGCAAUGAAGGGUGUGGAGUUCUGGAUCGUCAACACAGAUAUUCAAGCCAUGAAAAUGUCGCCUGUAUUUCCUGAGAACCGCUUGCAAAUUGGUCAGGAGCUUACAAGGGGUCUUGGUGCUGGUGGGAAUCCAGAGAUUGGCAUGAAUGCUGCGAAAGAAAGCAAAGAAUCAAUAGAAGAGGCACUCUAUGGAGCGGACAUGGUCUUUGUUACGGCUGGAAUGGGUGGAGGAACUGGCACUGGUGGAGCUCCUGUAAUUGCUGGGGUUGCGAAGUCAAUGGGUAUAUUGACUGUUGGUAUUGUCACAACCCCUUUCUCUUUUGAGGGACGAAGGAGGGCAGUUCAAGCCCAGGAAGGAAUUGCAGCUUUAAGAGACAAUGUUGACACGCUAAUAGUCAUUCCAAAUGACAAGUUAUUGACUGCAGUUUCCCAGUCUACCCCAGUAACAGAAGCAUUUAACCUUGCUGAUGAUAUUCUCCGUCAAGGUGUUCGUGGUAUCUCUGACAUAAUUAUGAUACCAGGACUAGUAAAUGUCGAUUUUGCUGAUGUACGAGCUAUAAUGGCAAAUGCAGGUUCUUCAUUGAUGGGGAUAGGAACUGCAACUGGGAAGACUAGGGCGAGAGAUGCUGCAUUAAAUGCUAUACAAUCACCUUUACUGGAUAUUGGUAUAGAGAGGGCUACUGGAAUUGUGUGGAAUAUAACUGGUGGAAGCGAUUUAACAUUAUAUGAGGUAAAUGCCGCUGCAGAGAUCAUAUAUGACCUUGUGGACCCGACUGCCAAUUUAAUCUUUGGAGCAGUGAUAGACCCGUCCAUCAGUGGACAAGUCAGUAUAACUUUAAUUGCUACUGGAUUCAAACGCCAAGAAGACAGUAAGGGGAGGCCCCACCAGGCUAGUCCCCUAGCACAAGGAGACAUCGCCCGUGGAAUUAAUCGGCGACCCCCCUCAUUCACUGAAGGUGGUUCUGUGGAGAUUCCGGACUUCCUAAAGAAGAAAGGACGCUCACGCUAUCCAAGAGUUUAGGAUUUCCCAUCAAAAAUGAAAAAAACUUCUUUCAUUCCCUUUAUUUUUAUCUAAUUAUUCCUUCUUAGGUAAUCAAAGUCCACAUUUGUAGUUUAUUGAUACUCUUCGUACUCUUUUUGAUAGUGGUUUCUAGCUUUGAGAAAUUAGCUUGUCUGAUUAAUAGCCAAGUGCCCAAGACUCAGAGCAAGUUCUGGGUUUUUAUUGUGUAUGAAUUUCUGUUAAUAAAUGGGUUGUAUAGAGUUACCGGCUUAAAAAGAAAUAAAGCGAUGUGCAAGCGUUGAUUGUUGAAGAUU